CAGUGACUGGCAGAGUACCCUAUAGGCUACUUGAUGGAGGGACUUACUGUAUGAGGGAGGACUAAGCAAGUUUUGGAGGCUAUCUAAGCCCCUGUUUCAGAGUCCUAUGUUCAUAGGCCACGAUUUGGUUACAUUUGUAUAUAUACAGGGGGGAUAUUUGAUUUUGAUUCCAUAUUGGUUCUGUACUAUUUUUGAUAGACAAGGAUUGAUAUAGGCAAUGUGGAAAAUGGAAGAAGAUGGGCAUCUUCAGGAGCAGAAUUGUUCUCUAAUCAGAACAGCUGAAGGCCACAGUCUCUCUGCAGAAGUGAGACUGUACAUGGGCCGUGAGUGUCUUGGAGUUUUACCAGAUGGAAAAGAGAAGACUUCGGUGAUGGAAGAUUCCAUCUGCAGGUUACCUCCCCUGUAGUCUGGAAGUGGUGAUGCUACCAGGUUUGGUGUGUGGAUCUCCUUAGCAGUCGCUUCCACAGGUAUGCUCAGUCAAGUCAGCUUUCCUGUUCAGAGCUUCUCAGUCCACCCGAGGCUCUCAGGUCAUUAACCCUUCAGUUUUCCCCCAGACUUAGUGACAGGAAAGGAUACAAAUUCAUUAUCUCCAGGUUCUAGAGGUCCAAUCCAACAGCGGUGCAACGGAGCCUGGUACCCUGCUCUCAGCAAGUCCCCAGGGGAAUCUUGGGUUUGUUUUCCCUUUCCAGCUUCUUGAGGUGGCCGCAUUGGUGGCCUGGCAUCACAGAGACUUCUGCCUGCAUCUCCGUUUCUUACCCCGAACCUUCCUGCUUCUCUCUCCUCUAAGAACCUUUCCAAGUUCAUUACACUUUCCUUGAUACUGUAGGUCAGUGUCCAUGUCUAAAAUCUUUAAUUAAAUACCACCAGUAAGGUACUCAUUGCUAAGUAAGACAAUAAAACAACAUAUUUACAGGGCUUAGGUAUUGGACUGAGUAUCUUUUGAGGUACAGAUAUUCUGUCUGGUAUACCUAGUGUCCUCUGAUGGAGGCCCUGGUGACUAUGUGACUACAGAAGGCCUCUGUUAAUGUGCCUUUGUGCUGUGUCUUCAAUCUAGAUCCUCUCAGAUGGAUGACCUCUGUGAAGCCAAUGGCUCUUUUGCCAUCAGUCUAUUGAAAGUAUUGGGUGAAGAAGACAAGUCACGCAACCUGUUUUUCUGUCCCCUGAGUGUCUCCUCUGCACUGGCUAUGGUCUACCUGGGAGCCAAGGGAAACACUGCAGCCCAGAUGUCCCAGGUACUUGGUUUGAACAGAGGUGGAGAUGUUCAUCAAGGUUUCCAGACCCUUCUCACUGAAGUUAACAAAACUGGCACUCAGUACUUGCUAAAAAGUGCCUGCCGACUCUUCGGAGAAGAAUCAUGUGAAUUCCUUUCGACCUUCAAGGAAUCCUGCCAGAAGUUCUACCAGGCAGGGCUAGAAGAGCUGUCCUUUGCUAAGGACACUGAAGAAUCCAGGAAACACAUCAAUGACUGGGUAAUGGAAAAGACUGAAGGUAAAAUUUCAGAAGUUCUAAGUCCUGGAACAGUCUGUCCACUGACUAAGCUGGUUCUCGUGAAUGCCAUGUAUUUCAAAGGGAAGUGGAAGGCUCAGUUUGACAGAAAGUACACAAGAGGCAUGCCUUUUAAAACUAACCAGGAGAAAAAAACAGUGCAGAUGAUGUUCAAGCAUGCUAAAUUUAAGAUGGGGCAUGUGGAUGAGAUGAACAUGCAGAUCCUGGUUUUGCCCUACGCAGAGGAAGAGCUGUGCAUGGUCGUUCUGCUUCCUGAUGAAAACACUGACCUGGCUGUGGUAGAAAAGGCACUGACGUAUGAGAAGUUCAGGGCCUGGACAAACCCGGAAACCAUGACAGAAAGUAAAGUUCAAGUCUUCUUCCCCAGAUUAAAGCUGGAGGAGAGUUAUGACCUGGAACCUUUCCUUCAGAGUUUGGGAAUGACAGAUGCCUUUGAGGAAACCAAGGCUGACUUUUCUGGAAUGACAACUAAGAAGAACGUGCCCGUGUCCAAGGUUGCCCACAAGUGCUUUGUGGAGGUCAACGAGGAGGGGACAGAAGCAGCAGCGACCACCGCGGUGAUCAGGAAUGCCCGGUGCUGCAGAGUAGAGCCGAGGUUUUGUGCGGACCACCCCUUCCUUUUCUUCAUCUGGCACCACAGAACCAGCAGCAUCUUGUUUUGUGGCAGGUUCUCUUCCCCAUGAAGGCGUCAUCGCGGGGCUGAGGAUGCAGCUCAGUUGGUAGAGGGUUUGUUUGAGUUCAGCCCUAAGCACUCUAUAAAACCAGGCAUGAUCGUGCCUACCUGCCAUCCUAGCAUAUGGGAGGUGCAGGGCAGGGAGAUCAGAAGUUCAAGGUCAUCUUCAGCUACAUAGAAAACUUGAGGCCAGCCUUCCAUACCUGUCUCCAAAAGACAUCAUUUUUGCCACAUGCAAGAAUUAAAAUCCUAUGCCGCCAGAUUGGCAAGGCAGUUUCACUGUACAACAAAAAGAGUAUACUCAGUAUUUGGUGAACAUCUUUGCUGACAGCUCCAGUGCCAGGUGUGGGAGUUUGGAUCUGAGCAGCCAUACUUGGUUUGGAGUGUCUGAGGUGAUUCUCAUUGUCUCCAGCCUUAUUUACACCCAGCUCCCAAAGUGCUAUCCCACAAUGCUAACAUCUCCAAGCUGUGUCCUCCACCACUGCCAGUCUUACCAGGCAAUGCCAGUUGAAGGUCCCCAUUCACAAAACCAAGGGUGAAAGCUACAGACUAACUGCUGUAACUACCCCGUGUCUCACCAGAAGCUGCGGCAGUAUCAUCCCAUCAGUGUUAUCCAACAGUCCUGUCUGUCUCAUGGUCCAAACAAUUCCUCCCACAAGUUUCAGGUACAAAUUGAAGGACUCAGCAUCAACCUUCAGGACAGAGUUGAGAGACAAAGGUCUAAAGUGUGGCCCUUAUCCCCCCACUUCUUUCUAAAGCUCCACAGCGUGGGCCUUAUCCCCCUAUUUUUUUUUCUAAUGCACACAGUGUGGCAACCCCAAAGGAAGCUUCACACUGAACAGUUCUUCCAAACCAGAUGCUAAUUAACCAUAUGCUCAGAUGUGAAUCAAAUGCCCCCAGGAUGCCCUAAAUGCGUAUACAUUCAAGCACCACUAAAUGGCUUCAGCAGGUUGUAUUUAUACAUGUGGUGGAACAAUUAAAGAAGUCCUGAAUACGAGAGUGAGUGAGGAAGGCACAGGAGGAGUCAGGUGAGGAGGGUGGGGGAUCUAAAUAGAAUACUAAAUAAUGGAAUAGAAUAGGAAUACCUGAAUGUACAGUUCAGUAAGUUCUAAAACACGCAUGUACCCAUAAUGCCAUCUGCAUAGUUAAGACACAGAACAUGACCAUCACGCCUGCAAAUUUUCUCUGGAAAUUUUGUAACAUUCCUUUUUUAUUUAAAGAAUUUUUAAAAAUUAAAAUAUGAUUUCAUCAUUUCCCCUUCCUUCUGCUCCCCCUACUGCUCCUGUGUCCACCAGAGCCCCUCCCCUCAUCUCUAACCAUAGUUGUUACAUAUACAUAUAAAUGGGUCUAAUACACAUACAGUCUGCUGAGUCCAUCAGUGACCCCUGCAUGUGUGUUUCUAGGACUGACCACUCGGUGUUAGAUAUCCAGUCAGGGACUAUCUGGGGAUGACUGAUUCUCCCUUUCUCAGCAGGUGUAAUUGUUUGUAGCUCUCCAUCUAAGGGUGUGGCCUCAUGAUAUUUUCUCUAUCUACAUUGGGCUGUCAACUCCUGUUGGAAUUUUUAGGUCUUGUUAAGGUAUCCAGAUUGUUGAGAUUUCAUUGUUUAGCUUGCCUGUCAUAGCUAGAAGACACAAUCUCACAGCAGAUUUCCUGGUCCUCUGGCUCUUACAGAGGACCCUACUUGUGGGAUGUAUCCUGAGCUUUGUAAACCUUGCUAUCCAUCUACUCCAUGUUCAGUUCUAGCCACUUACACCCACUCUCAGGCAACUACUGAUUUAUUUCAUAAUUAAUUUGUUAUGGAAUAAUGUAUCCAUUUCUGUAUUAUUCCUAUCAUUCACUGAAAAUAUUUUUAGAUUUACAUUAUACUUUAUGUAUUACGUUAUAAUAUAUACAUUGCAUUAUACUAUAUAUCAAUAGUUUCUUUUGUUUCUACUUAAUACGUCAUUAUAUAGACAUAAUAUAAUUUGUUUAUCCAUUCAUAAUCUUAUGGAUAUUUGCAAUAUUGUCAAGGUUUGGUUACUGUAAAUAAAGUUUAAGAACACUCAUUUUCACAUAUUUUUUACUAAUGCUUUCAUUUUCUUGACUAGCUACAUAGGAUCUUGGUUAUAUGGGAGGUGCAGGUACAAUAUUUAAGAAACAGCCAAGCUUCUUAUGGUGGCAUGUACGUUUAAUUCUAGCACUCAGUAGGGGAGGCAAAGGUAGGAGAAUCUCUGUGAGUCUAAGUCCAACCUGUUCUCCAUAGUAAGUUUCAGGCCGGUAGGAGCUACACAGCGAGACACUAUAUC